AUGUCUGUAUACUUUUAUAUUCCAAAUCUAAUUGGAUAUGCAAGAGUGAUAUGUGCUCUUCUCUUUUGCUACACAGGAAGCUUUGAUCCAAUUGUCUCAGCUGUUGCUUACUCUGUGAGUUAAUUGGGUGAUCUUUUUGAUGGAAUGGCUGCCAGAAAAUUCAAUUAAUGCAGUGUUUUUGGAAGUGUCUUAGACAUGGUCACUGAUAGAUUCUCUAAUGCUUGUUUGUUGGCAGUACUCUAUAAAUUAUAUCCCACUAUUGGAUUUUUGUUUUUAUGGGCAUUAGCCUUGGAUUUAUGUAGUCAUUGGUAUCAGAUGUACUCAACUUUAUAUUGCAAUGAAAAACAUCACAAAACAGCAGUCUCUAAAUACAAAAUACUAGAGAUUUACUACAAAGUACCAUACAUGCUAUUUAUCAUGGUUUUAUUAAGCGAAACUGCAAUGGUAACUUUGUAUUUGAAUGUAUUUAUUGAUUGGUUUGUCAUUUAAGCACUAAUGUACAUUUCAGUUCCAUUCUUAUGCUUAAAACAUUAUAUCAAUUUUAUUCAAUUGCUGAGUGCUUCAGAUAAAAUCAUAGAAAAAGAAUCAAACAUUUAUUGAUUGUAUAAUAAAAUAAAUUAUUCAUUCAAAUACAGAAUCACCUAA